AUGCAGCGCUACACUGUUCAUAUCGUUUCCAUGACCACGGCCACGAAAGUGCUGCUCGUUCCUUUCGAACCAUCCGCGUUGGUCGCUGCCUUUCUGGAAGAGCUCUUCCUUCGCUUAUCGCGUCAAAAUGUGCCCCUGGCGCCCGACACACACGUCUGCACCCUUCACCUCGACAGCGAGACUGGUGCCAUCAUCGACUGCGAGGAUGUCAUCGGCGAUGUUGUCUUCUCCGGUGACGCGCUCUUCGCCGUCUUCAAACCAGCAGAGCAGCCCUCCACCCGCGCCAUGAGAAAUCUUCAUGGUGCAGACCACAUGCUGAACGUCCGAAUCAUCACUGCUGCUCUCGCCAAGGACAAUAACAACAUCCCGACGCUCGCAAUAUCAGCAUCAUCAACGAUUGGACAGCUCCACGAACAGGUCGCCGAGCAUCUCAACCUCUCGCACACUGCCACGACCUUCCAGAACGAAUGCAACUGCACCCUGGCCAAGAAGCUCUCGGACGGACCAUCUUCGCCAGGAUCAUUCUUGGUCGCCUCUGGCAAAAGCGAUGUUCAUCGCAUGAGUGUGUCGGCAGCCACCGAGGUCAAUAUCAACGCGGCCUUGACGCAUCAGUUUGGCGACAGCAUCUCUACACUCAAGCACGUCACUAUGCACGGAGCUGAGCGCUCGCAAAGCGCAUUCGACACGAACUACAUCAAGACACCAGUAGUCUCAAUUUGCGCCCACUCCAGACACAUUCCUCGACAUGCCAAGGUCUCUCACGAGGACGGCAGCGAACCACACAGCCGACUCCUUGAUCUUCAUACCUCAGAGUGCCCCAUCAGUCGGGCAUGCUGGGACAUUACCUUGCAUGAUACGGGUAUUGCUUCCCUGGCUGUGGAUGGAAUCAUCGAMAUCUACGCCGUGAACCGCGCUGUGACGAAUGAGUCCAAUCAAGGUCCAGGGCCAGGCAUCGGAAAGAGCGCCAUCUUUCGAUAUCGCUCUCACUGGGAGCCCUCGGWCAAGCAAACCGAUCGCGGAAUUGCCAUGUUGCUCUCUUCCCUGCGUGUCUUUGYCUCGAACGUGCAAGAAAUGGAUGAUCAGCACCAGGACGCUAUCUACCACGUCUUCGACCUGCUAUCAUCCUUUCCGCCUGCCCUACGAUGCCUGCACUUGCUCGUUGAAGGUAAGACAGUCACACCUAUGGAGAGUUCGGCCCUCAGUCAUGCGAUUUUCGAGAUCUUGAAAACCUACCUCCCAACGGAAAUAAUUGGCGGCGAUGGCUCCAGGCUAUUCGAAGGCGGUCGUCUUCUCUUCGGAUUCAUUCUCGAAAAGGCCCGCGCACUCAGACUGGCUGACACCAGCCACGAAAAUGACACCAACGCUGUCGAGAAGAUGCCAUAUCUCAACGCAUGGUCCGUUGUUGAUCUGCAGGAUUUCAAGACGAUGGAGCCUGCCAUUCAUCUUGUGUGUACGGAGGYUGGCAACAUUGAGCGGGCGCUGUACAAGGCUUUGCAAAAGGACGGCGUGCUUUCGAAAUCUCACCUCCAACCUGAUCAGCUUGUCCCCAUGGAUUGCCCCUCCGACCUUUCCAGAGUGGCACUUCUGUCUGGGGGCACGGCGGCGGAGAUCACCGUCUUUUCGACAUCAAUCUUGGCGAACAAUUAUCGAUACCCCGAUAAAGGUCAAAUCACAUCUGCUUUCGAUCCUCAUGAGCUCUCGGAGCUUGAUCACAUCGCUGCUGUAUGUGGCAGAAAUGGUCUCGCGGUCCACAAACCAAGUCAAUUGGCAAGCGCAGUAGCGCCCUGUCUCACCUUCGAUCGCAGUGCUCAUCUCGCGGUCUACAACGGCCCACAAGCAUCAUCACAGCCAGGUGACGAGUCCGGAAUAUUCCGACCAAUGCAUGGGAAUGAGGCCAUGGACGCAACAGUUGUCGAGCAAUUGAUUGCACCGAUCUUGUCUCGAUACGAAUCAGACGGUACAUCUGUGUUCGACAUGCUAGGGGGCUCUACCGUCCGUCGCUUACAGGCUCCUGAUGAGAUCGUCAUGUUUGCUGUUGACUGCAGCGCUUCGAUGAAGCUUGCGACCGACUUCCCAGACGUCAGCGAUGAGAACCAAUUCAAUGAAGACGAUCCCACUGCCGAGACCUUGGUGGAGGGUCAUUUCUUCACGCGAAGUUCCUUUGACAACACGAAAGAAAUUCUUUCCCAGCAUGAGAGCUUCGAAGACAUGCUGUCUAUAGUCUUCCACGCGACGACUGCGCGGAGACGAUCAAUCGCCGCCGAAGUCAUCGGACUCGUCCGCAGAGAGAUCUCGCUGGAGGUCGUCGCGAAUCAUGCAAAGGUGGAGWGACUGCAAGGCCUCACGUCCUUCGGCACUCGGCUUGCUAUAGCUUCAGCACAGCUCGCUCUCGAUAAGGCGAAAGAACUCUGGGCAGCUCUUCUAACACAAGAAUCCUCUCUCGUCGACUUUCUUAUUUUCCGUGCUACCACUUCACCAGAUGUAGCCGGUCGAUGGUUAUGGUAUGCUGGGCAAGAAAUUCCAGCAGGAGCACCUACAGGCAUUAUACCUGCACUUCCCAGCCAUAUCACAGAUGUCCAUGAUUGGCUUCAGUGCCCUAUUUCGCAUGGCUUGAUGGAAGAUGCUGUCACGGCCAAAGACAACUUCACGUAUUCUCGAUCGGCCAUCACACAAUGGUUCUCCAUCCGCAAAUCGUCGCCAAUGACCGGCCUGGAGCUUCAAGAUACUGCGCUGCGCCCGAAUGAUGCAGUGUCCGCUUCUGUUGCCGCCUGGAUAAUGGGAAACGAGACGCUCUCGAGCUCCACCCGCUCGAAUCGGGUCAUCAAGCUGGUCUUCAACAGCAGACUUGGAUCUUUCGAGCGCGAAGUUGACAACGCCAGCACGGUCACGUCACUCUAUAGAGCUGUUUUCGCUGGCCUCAAAGCACGUUUCACGGCCUUCCAGCUCGCCAAGGACGACCGUGUUCUUGGCCUUUCUGCAACAUCAUUACGGACAGCCGGCCUCAAACACCGAGAUCAGAUCACCAUUCGUCUCGCCGAUGACGGUGAUAUGGUKAUCUCUGCUGAGGGAGGAACUGCAACUAGAGCCUCAGGGGAGAUGUGCUUGAUAAAGGUCUAUGACCGUGGAGGUCGUGACCACGCUUCGUUCAGCUAUUGGGUUCGGCGGGAUAGUACCCUAUCCAUGAACUCAAUCCUUUUCAAGUUCUGGCGUUUCAAAUUCAGCAGUGGCGGGCUUCCAUUAGAUCAAGAUCGGCAAGUUUGGACAGGGAUACGAGGGACUGGAGACGACUCUUGUGUGGGCACUCCGGUUCCCCCCGGCGAUCGUUUGGCAACUUACCUGAACCGCACUCACUGCUCUGGUCAUCUCUAUGCAGAGCCUCUCUACUACGAGAACGAGAUUAGUCGAGACGGUGGGGGCGGAAUGGCUGGGCUCGGCAAUACUCAUCCUACCGAUGGUCCGCUCGUUCUCAAGGUCAUGGUCACUAGUAUGUGGUCCAAGAAGCGAGGACGUGAGCGCGGCAUCUUGUCGAGACUGGAUGUUUUGAAGCAAAUGUUCGAGGCUUUGAUCAACAGGCUCAUUGCCUACAACUACAAGACACAUGCUGGACUCGUCAUAUUCGCCUCCGAUGCGAAAGUCACCAAUGAAAUCUCCCACGUUCUGGAAAACUUCCGGCGUGCUACUUCAGCGAUGACCGCUGGUGGCGAUACAGCCCUGUGGGACGCUCUGUCGCUGUCACUAGAUCAGGUGCAGGAGAUGGCCAAGAAGUACCCAGCCGCGAAGAAACGCAUCAUCGUCAUCAGUGAUGGCGUCAACACAAAUUCCACCACCAGGACUUGUGAGAACAUUGGCUGGAAGAUGCACCAAGCUGGAGUCGCUGUCGACACGGUUUCAAUCGGCGCUGAGGACAAUCCUGACCUGAAGGCUUUAAGUUGGUUUCUUGGCUGCUACAGCUUCCAUCCAUCGUCACUCGCCAAUGCUCUUGCAAUCUGCGAAAUGGAGCCCUUCCUGUCAGCCACUGAGCGCCCAGACAUCGUUCCCCGAUAUGAAGCGACAGAUCGUCUCACAUUUCGCACAAGAUUUCUCAAUGCGAGAGUUGUGGCCAGAGACACCAUCGUCACUAGUGAACGAUUCCCAGCCCGCAAAGAGCAUGAGAACCUUGCCGAUGAGCUUGUGCAGCUGUCUGCGAACAUUUAUCGCCCAAAGACUGCUSCCGACAGUCAGUCUGGAACCCGCUCAACCUUUCGAAUUGCUAGAGUGAUGAAAGAGAUCAAUCAGUUGGUGGCUAACGAUCGGAGCCACCCAGCGUACGACAUUUAUGUCAGCGAGAACAACAUGUGCUUCUGGAAAGUGGUGAUUGCCGGCCCAUCGGACUCGCCCUAUGCCAACGGCACAUUCUUACUUUAUCUCGACAUGAAAACUACCUACCCAACCUUUGCCCCUGAAGCCCGCUUCAUCACCAAGCUCAUUCACCCCAAUGUCAACGCUCACGGUAGAGUCUGCCACCCUCUUUUCGGACGCGACUGGACUACAGACACCAACAUGACCACUGUGCUUGACACGAUCUACGGACUGCUGUUUCAGGCUGAAGUGUCCGAUCCAGUUAGUACGAUGUCGACUUUGGAGUAUCAUGCUGAUGGAGUGGAAUUCGCGGAUGCUGUACGCGAUCAUGUACAGAGACACGCCCUGAAAUCUCGCGCGCAGUGGCAAUCCGAGUUUCUUGGAGAGACCAGCGAUGGUGAGCGUGGCGAGUAG